CUCUCACUGUUUGGCACCUGCAGGUAUCCCGUGUGUGCACGCUUGUGCUGCUCUGUCUCGUGUGAACAAACAGCCAGAAGACUUCUGUCACAGAUGGCUGACCAUGGAGUCAUACAAGGAAACUUAUAACCACCACAUUAAUACAAUUCCGGGUCAACCACUGUGGGAAAAAGCAGAGGACUGUAACAGGCCACAUGCCCCUAAAAUCAAGACAAAACCUGGAAAACUAAAGAUGAAGCGGAGGAUGGAUGCGGACGAGAAGAGUGCUUCUGGAUCUAAGAAGCCUAAAGUUGACCCAAAACUCUCAGACAACACUGCAGAUGGUGUACACCUAAAGAGACAGCUGGGUGCAUUUACAUGCAGUUACUGUGGUGAUAAGGGGCAUACAAAGAGAAGCUGCAAAAAGAAAAAAGAUGCUGAUGCUGCUACUGCUGCUGUUGCAGCAGCAGCCGCUGCCGCUGCCACCAAGGCAACUGAGAAGAAGAAAAAUGAUGAAGUUCAUACUGUGCCUGAGAAGCCGGUUCAUCAGCCCCAAGACGUGUCUGGCCAAGCAGAUUUGGGAAGCAAUCCCCAGGAGAUCGAAUUAACUCAGCCUUCUGCUUCUGAGCAAGAGGAUUCUGAAAAGGAUCCUGCACCGAAAAGACCUUCCAAGCUGUCACCACGAAGACGAUCCUCUAAUCAGCCAACCGCACCAACAGUGAAUCCCUUGCAGGGUGCAUCUUCAGUAACAUCUUCAAAGUUUGCCAACUUGAUGCAGUUCAUCCCAACGCCAGGAUUUAGGCCUCCAAGAAAGAAGAAUUGAAUACUAGAUAUAUGUACUUAGGAGUUUCUGUUUUGUGUUUUGUUAUUAGUAUUUUCCAUCGUAUAAUGACUAGAUGGUAAACUGUGAUGCAAAGGCCUUUUUGGUAUGCCUUGGCCUUGCUUUUGAUGAAACUACUGAUAGCAGCAACAUGG